AUGUGUGGUCCCAGUUAUUGCACACUGCUGCUAAUCGCGGCUUCCUGCUACAUCCUUGUUGGCAGUCAUGCGAAGUCCUUGCAGGGCACGAGCAAACUGGAUUUGGGAAAUCACAUCAGCGCCGGCUCUGCCAGAGGAUCAUCAUCACCAGCUUCUGCAGCGUUGAGCGAGGCACGCCAAAAGCGCGCCAUGGGCGACUACAAAGAGCUGACUGACAUCAUUGACGAGCUGGAGGAGAAUAGCCUGGCCCAGAAGGCCAGUGCCACCAUGCAGGUGGCCGCCGUGCCGCCACAGGGCCAGGAAUUCGAUUUGGACAGCAUGCCGCCACUGACCUAUUACCUGCUGCUCCAAAAGCUGCGACAGCUGCAGAGCAAUGGGGAGCCCGCUUAUCGCGUGCGGACGCCACGCCUUGGCCGCAGCAUUGACUCCUGGCGACUCCUGGACGCCGAGGGGGCGACGGGAAUGGCGGGCGGCGAGGAGGCCAUCGGCGGGCAGUUCAUGCAGCGCAUGGUUAAGAAAUCGGUGCCGUUCAAGCCACGCCUGGGCAAACGUGCUCAAGUGUGCGGUGGCGAUUGA